AUGUCCAUGCUCAAGAGCUACCUGGGCCUUGGCUGGUCCAACUCUGCAUCGGAGUCCAAGGACGACAGCAACAACACGGUGCGCGCGCUCCCGGCGUCGUGGUACACCUCGCAGGACAUGUACGAGCUGGAGCGACGCGCCAUCUUCUCGCGGCGGUGGCUGCUGACGACGCACAAGCUGCGGCUCAAGAACUCGGGCGACUGGCUCAAGUACGAGGUGGCCGGGUUCCAGUUCGUGCUGUGCCGGGACCGGACGGGCUCGAUCAACGCAUUCCACAACGUGUGCCGGCACCGGGCCUUCCCCGUGGUGACGGGCGAGCAGGGCAACAACAAGGUCUUCUCGUGCAAGUACCACGGGUGGUCGUACGGGAUGAACGGCAAGCUGGCCAAGGCGCCGGGUUACCAGGACAUGGAGGAUUUCGAUGCGGCGAGCAACGGGCUGCUGCCGAUCCACGUGCACGUGGACCACAACGGGUUCAUCUGGGUCAACAUGGACGGCAAGGAGGUGCCGGAGGUGGCGUGGGAGGACGACUUUGGCGGCGUAGACACGCAGGAGCGGAUCGAGGAGUACAACUUUGACGACUACGAGUUUGACCACGCGUGGGAGAUGGAGGGCGAGUACAACUGGAAGAUCCUGGCGGACAACUACAACGAGUGCUACCACUGCAAGGUGGCGCACCCGGACAUUCCCAGCAUCGCGGACUUGGAGGCGUACAAGGUCGAGGUCAAGGACGCGUACAUUGAGCACUACGCCAACUCGACGCCGGAGCAGAUUGCCAAGGGCUUCAAGGUUGCGCCGACAUACUUCUUCCCGAACGCGUCCAUGAACGUUACACCCAACUUCUUCUUCACGCAGCGCUUCGUGCCCAUGGGCCCGAUGCGCUCCUUCAUGAAGUACGAGGUCUUCCGGCACAAGAACGCCGACGACGAAGCCUUCAAGACCAUCAACGACAUGUACAAGCGCAUCAUGUCCGAGGACAAGUACCUGUGUAUCAACGCGCAGCGCAACCUGUCCGCCGGCGUCUUCGUCAACGGCGAGAUGCACCCGACCAUGGAGAAGGGCCCCCUGUUCUUCCAGCGCAAGGUGCGCGAGGCGGUGCGCGAGCAUCACGCCAGGGAGACGCGCGAGGGCGGCGCGGAGAUUUGGCCGGCGAGGCAGAGGCUGCCGUGUGCGGUGAGGGGGAAGGGCGGUGAUGAUGAUGUUGAGUUUUGUGCCAAGGUGGACUGUGGUAGCAAGUUGGCGACCAAGAUGGCGGCGAAGCAGAUGAUUGAGGUGUAA